AAGAAGAGUUUGCAUGAUUUUAGUUGUUGAUAUAUUGUUGAGUUGUAACAAUUAACCGGAAUACUUAUCGAAGAUUUCACCAGCUCAACUAAAGUCAUCCAAAGUUCGACUUGUUUACUAAGGCAUGUCGCUAGUGAAUAUGUUGGUGAUAUAAGGAAAUUAUUAAAGUUUUGUUCUGAUUCCGACAAUUAAUUAAAAACAAACACAAUGAGUGAUCGUAAAGAGCAGCGUGACCAACAGCGGUUACUGACGGAAAUACCGAGUAGCCUAAAACAAUUGGCCCGAUUGGUUGUUAGAGGGUUCUAUACGAUUGAAGAUGCCCUCAUCGUUGAUAUGCUAGUUAGAAAUCCUUGUAUGAAAGAGGACGAUAUUUGCGAGCUGCUGAAAUUCGAACGAAAACAGUUGCGCUCUCGGAUCUCCAUACUUAAAACGGAUAAAUUUCUUCAAAUUCGAUUGAAAAUGGAAACCGGACCGGAUGGUAAAGCUGCCAAAGUCAACUAUUACUUCAUAAAUUACAAAACAUUCGUCAAUGUUGUCAAAUACAAAUUGGAUCUGAUGCGAAAGCGAAUGGAAACUGAGGAACGGGACGCCACCAGUCGAGCUAGUUUCAAGUGUCCCAAUUGCAAUAAAACAUUCACCGAUUUGGAGGCCGAUCAAUUGUUCGAUUUUCAAACGGGUGAAUUUCAUUGCACAUUCUGUGGGAGCACGGUUGAAGAAGACAUGUCGGCGCUACCGAAAAAGGACUCUCGUUUAUUAUUAGCUAAAUUCAAUGAACAGCUUCAACCACUUUACGAUUUGCUUCGAGAAGUUGAAGAUAUAAAAUUGUCACCGGAAUGCCUCGAACCGGAACCAACGGAUUUAGAUUCGAUACGAGGACUCAAUAAGCAAACGUCUCGUCUACCCAACGAACCAUGGUCCGGUGAAGCGACCAGAAAUCAAGGUUUUGCUGUGGAAGAAGCCCGCGUCGACGUCACCAUUGGCGGUUCGGAUAUUCCAGAUGCAGUUAAACAAAAAGACCGUCCAGUUUGGAUGACUGAAAGUACGGUCAUUACAAAUGAUACCGCUACGAUGGAUAGUGCAGACUCAAUAUUGGAAAAGGCCGCACAGUCUUCCACCCAAAGCAGUGGGACAAAUUCAACAUCAACGACGAGAAAUCGAAAAGAAAAUGAGGACAUUAUGUCUGUGUUGCUGCAACAUGAAAAGCAGCAAGGAAUUCGAUCGAAUGCAGCAGUCAAAGGGCUGGGUGGUGGCAAUUCCAGCGAUUCGAGUGACGAUGAAAAUGAAAUCGAUAACACAGAGAUACCUGACAUUGAUAUCAUGGAGUCAGAUUCAGACGACGAUUCGCCAACAGUCAUGGUUGCCGGAAGACCACAUUCGAUCGAUGAGAUCAACGACGAAUUAAUUGCACAGAUGACCCAACAGGAGAAGGAUACUUACAUUCAAGUUUACCAAGAUCAUUUUUCAGAAUACAUUUAGAAAACAUUUAUUAAGCCAAAUGUCAGUCAUGUGGACGAGUGAAUGUAUACGGUUGAAUAUCGAUUGAAAGUCGAGCCGAUGAAUGGAAAUAAAAAGUACAAAAA